UUUUGCGACACUGACGUACUCAUUCCCAGCGAGAAGUUCCAGCAAGGCGACUACGUUCAACGUGACGUCACUUUCUCGCGACGCUAGGCUUGUGCCAUGUGGGUUAGCUGUCAGGAAGGAGCAGAGAAGCUACCGGCGCUGCGGGACUUUUAAACAGCGAUCUCGGAUUGCGGCUGUCUUAACAAAAUCGGGACUGUUGAGCGGUUGCUGCUGAAACUCAUCUCCCAGGGUUACAUCCAUUUACUCUGUACUCUUUGAUCCUGUUUCACAUCUGCUUUUGUACCUGCCGUCUGUCUGGAUGUGGGUUGCAUUGGAAAAAGAUGUCCUUAGGGGCUUCCGUACUUCAUCUCAUAUGCACCAAGAUGAAGGAUCUGUAGAUGCAGAAAUUGAAUCCCUUUUGCAGUUGCUGUUUGAGGGCAACUUUGAAAGCAUUCUCCUUUCUCCUCUCAUAAUGGAAAUGUUCUCUGCACCAGCCCCAGAGGAGAAUAUAGAUCUGUAUUUGGUACGACAGAUUUCUGCAUUCUUAGAUGGACCUGCUGACGUUCAAAAUAACAGACAACUAGUGGUGUUCCUGCUUGGAGUUAGCUGUCUUCAUCUUUUUGUUCAGAGCAACUGGACAGGCCCUCCCGUCCUCUCAGUACCACAGGACUUUUUACCAUCUUCUCUCUUUGAACAUUUUUCAGAGGAAAGAGCUUUGUCUGCUACAAUUCUAAGCAGUCUUGUUCUUGAUGGAGAAUCGGCCUACAGUUUGACAGCCAAUCCAAUCUUCCUUCUUAUAUCCAGAGUAAUCUUUGUGAAAGUCAGGAAUAAAUUCACGGAAUUCCAGAUGUUGCCAUGGUGGACUCUUCGAUGUGUGAAUGUUCACCAGCAGUUGUUGGAUGAACGUUCUCCUGAGCUUUUUGCUAUUGCAGAGACCUGUACAAAUGAGAUUCAGAAAUGUAAGAACUUGUUUUUGGAAGAAACGGCCAAAGAUUUGUUUGUGCAACAGCAUCUGGAGUGUAGUUACAUGUGUCUUUAUUACUAUGACUACAAAAAUGCAAAAGAGCAUCUGAAUGCAGCCAAAGACAUUACCAGUCUACAGAUCAAUUUAACAGGUGCUUUGGGAAAACGUACGCGGUUUCAGGAAAAUAACGUGGCCCAGCUUAUUUUAGAUGUACAGAGAAAAGAGGAGCUUUUCUUGUGCCAUGGACAGACACCAGCCCCGACCCCCAUAGAGAACUUACCAAAGAAUCAAGAUUUAGAAGAUGACACGGUUCUUAAUAAAAUUAAAUUAAAGGACCCAGAGCAAUUUCACAUUCCUGAUCUUUGUGCAGAGGAGCUGGCUGUUAUUCUUGGAGUAUGUAUAGAUUUUCAGAAAAACAACCCAGUGCACAAGUUAACAGAAGAAGAAUUAUUGGCUUUCAUCUCAUGUUUGCUCUCACAACCCAAGUUUUGGACUCUACAGACUACCGUCCUUCUGAUGCGGACCAAACUUGAAAAAGGAAGUGCUCGCCGUGUAGAACGUGCUAUGAUGCAAACUCAGGCGUUAGCAGAUCAGUUUGAACAAAAAGAGCCAAAUUGUGUGGAAAGGCUGAAAAUGUUCUACUGUUCACAGAUGCCUGCACUUUGGGAUAUUCAGAGGCAACUGGCAAAUCUGCUCUUUGAUCUGGGAUGCACUAGUUCAGCAUUGCAGAUCUUCGAAAAACUGGAAAUGUGGGAAGAUGUUGUGAUCUGUUAUGAACGGCUAGGGCAGCAUGGCAAGGCUGAAGAAAUUCUGAGACAAGAACUAGAGAAAAAAGAGACACCACAUCUUUACUGCCUUCUAGGGGACGUAUUGAAAGAUCAUCAGUAUUAUGACAAAGCUUGGGAGCUGUCCAACCAUCGAAGUGCUCGCUCUCAACGUUCUAAGGGGCUGCUCCAUCUCCGCAACAAGGAAUUCAAACAAUGUGCCGAGUGCUUUGAACAAUCUGUCAAAAUCAAUCCUAUACAGCUUGGAGUAUGGUUCUCUCUUGGCUGUGCCUAUAUCACCUUACAAGAGUAUGAAGGUGCUGCCAGAGCUUUCCAGCGCUGUGUGACUUUAGAGCCUGAUAAUGCUGAAGCCUGGAAUAAUUUAUCAUCAGCCUACAUCAGGCUUAAACAGAAGAUUAAGGCCUUCAGAACACUGCAGGAAGCAAUUAAAUGCAAUUAUGAGCACUGGCAGAUUUGGGAGAACUUCCUGCUCACCAGCACAGAUGUGGGAGAGUUCUCUGAAGCAGUUAAAGCUUACCACAGACUCAUGGAUUUAAGGGAUAAAUUCAAAGAUGUAGAGGUUCUGAAGAUUUUGGUUAGAUCGGUUGUUGAUGGAAUAGAGGACCGCAAAGGAGAGUCCACAAGUAACUUGAAGGCAAGAAUGCUGGAAUUGAUGGGGAGAGUGACAUCACGGGAUUCUAGCGAUGCUGAAAUAUGGAAAGCAUAUGCCAGAUUGUGUGGAAACGGCACAAGUGAAAAGGAUGAAGAAAAUGAAAAGGCCUUGCAAUACCUGAUGAAAGCACACAAAUGCGAAACGCAGAAAAGUGGAUGGGAAAAUGAUAUUUCUUCAUUCAAGGAAAUCAUUAGAGGAGCAGUUGAACAUGCACACGUGGCAAUGAAGUGCAGUGAAAGAAAGACCAACCCACAGGAAGCUGUGCAGAUCCUUUCCUCGGCUCGUCUAAACCUACGUAGCCUGUCCUCCAAAGCAAAGCAAGUUUUUACCGAUGUGGCGAGUGGAGAGGUUUUGCCAGAUUUAGCCGAAAAAGUAAAAACGAUGGACAAACUUAUCGGAGAAAUCCAGGAAAUCAGCAACCGGCUAAGAAAUAAAGUCUGAGAGGCUAGAACUCUUCUAAGAGAAAUCAAAAGCGCCAAGCAUAGCAAUCACUUCAUCAUGUCUCUUUCACGCACCAAAUCUCAUCUAAAUAAACACUUCUUUUUUCUAAUA